AGACAUAAUAUUUUAACUACAAAUCGCUGAACAAAAAAUUAAAAUAUAAAUUUGAUAACGUGAUAAUAUUUAAAAAAAACCUUAAUUAAUUGAAAUAUAUUAUUUAAUUAUUUUAAUAUUAACAAAAAUAAUGAGGUUAUUUUAUAAAAUGAAAAUAUUUAAUGCAUUACUGAUAUUGAUUUCAAUAUCUAUUUGGGAAACUAAAACGCAAACAACAACGAAAUCAUAUACAGAUUUAUUAAAAAGUGUUUUAAGUGGUGCCAUAAAUGCUAAUAGUUCAAUGGUACAAAAUUUACCCACAAUAGUUAAUUUAAAAGAUAUAGUAGGUCAAUCAAAUGAAACAAAAACAAAUUAUGCCUCAUGCGGUGAUGAUAAAGUUUGUGUACCAUUUUAUCAAUGUAAAGAAAAUGGUACAUAUAAUUUUGAUGGUGAAAAAUUAAUAAGUAUACGUUUUGAUGAAACAAAACCAUGUAAAUUAUAUUUGGAGACAUGUUGUAAAGUUGGUAUAGAAACAAUUGAUGAAACUAUUGAAGUUCCUCAGUUAUUAGUUGCAAUUGAAAAUACAUGUGGCAUAAGAAAUGAACGUGGUGUUUUAGUUAGAUUUGCAGAUGGUGAACAAGAUUCUAGUGCAUAUGGUGAAUUUCCAUGGAUGAUAGCUGUAACAACAAUUGAAAAAACUGAUGAUGAAUCUUUUGAAAUAUUUUUAUGUGGUGGUUCAUUAAUUCAUCCAAAUGUUGUUUUAACUGCAGCACAUUGUGUUGUUAAAUAUAUGCCAAACAAUUUAAUGGUUAAAGCUGGUGAAUAUGAUUUAUUAGAAGAGGAGGAAAUUUAUAAAGUACAAGAUCGUUUAGUUAGUGAAAUAAUUGUACAUGAAAAAUAUUCUAGAUUAACACAGAAACACGAUAUUGCAUUACUAAUAACAAAAGAACCAUUUAAAUUAGCUAGACAUGUAAAUACUGUAUGUUUACCACCAUUAAAUACAAAUUUUCAAGAUAAAUUAUGUUUUGCAAAUGGAUGGGGUACGACACAAUAUGGUUCGUCAAAUUUUCAAAAUAUAUUGAAAAGAGUUGGUUUUAGAGUUAUACCAUCAGAUAUUUGUGAAGCGAAAAUAAAAGAAGAUGAAGAAAUAAGAGAUAAUUUUAAACUUCAUGAAUCAUUUAUUUGUGCAACUGGUAGUGAAGUAGGUAAUGACUUAUGUAAAGGUGAUGGAGGUGGUCCAUUAAGUUGUCCAAUACCAGAAAAAACGGAUAGAUAUUAUUUGGCAGGCAUAUCAUCAUGGGGAAAUGGUUGUGAUGGCAAAUAUCCAAAUGUAUUUACUCAUGUAUCGUUUUUACGUGACUGGAUAGAUAAUAUUAUGAAAAUGAAAAAUUUUGGUACAACUUAUUAUAGCAUUUCAUAAUUAAUUAUAGAUUUUAGAUUUUUAUUUAAUUAAAACGAAAAAAAAAUUUUAUAUUAUAUUUUUUAAUAAACAAUUUUAAUUGCAAAA